GAAUUAUAUUGGGAUUUAUCUGAUAUAUCACACAAAUCAAUUGAAUUGGUCGAUGAUAAUGUUGCAUACACUGGUGGUCUAGCUCAAAGCGCGCGUCCGGGGAACAGAUCAUUCCAUGGAUUUGCGUGCAGCAGCGAGAGAAAAGACCGAGAGAGCUAGCGACUUGCUUGUGUAUUGUCACUGGAAGAAACAUCCGCAAAGAGCAGUGCAGAUCGACGAUUAUUCCAAUUGAAGGUCUUGCUUGACUUGUGCUAUUGGCCCAUUGGACGUUCUUUGUGAAGAAACACUGAAUACUUUCAAUAGGUAGUCUCUUCUUUCAUUGGAGAGAGAAGACCAUAGCUGUGCAGGGGGAAACGGUGGAAAAUCUAGGCUGAUGAUCACAGCCCUCCAGCGGGUACAGAUCUAGACAGAGGAGGCUGACUGGGUGGAUCCCGUAGCCAGACAGGGUGCACUCCUCUGGGGGAUGGAAGCAGCAGGAUUCCCCUGUGAGUGCCACAGAUCUCCAUGGUGUGAUUGUGUAGAAGAAGAAGAAUAGCCCUGCUGUUAUCUCAUCCCUCCUUUCCUCUCUUCAUCCCUCUCUCCCCCUCCCCUGCUCAUUGAGGAUGAGAGUGAGGUGGGACUACACGUCACCUGCAAUAGCAGACGUGCACAGAGAGAGGGUCAUGCCUAGGUCACUCUUCCUCUUGCUUCUCUUCCUCUCAUCCCUCUGCUCCACCUGUCUGUCCAUCCAUGCGGAGACAGCAGAGAGCCACAGUACGUUUACCUGUGAGCCAGUAGGACUGCGGAUGUGCCAGGACCUGCCUUACAACGCCACCUUCAUGCCCAACCUCCUCAACCACUACGACCAGCAGACGGCCGCACUCUCCAUGGAGCCCUUCCACCCCAUGGUGAACCUGCAGUGUUCGGAGGACCUGAGGAUGUUUCUGUGUGCCCUCUACGCUCCAGUCUGUAUGGAGUAUGGCCGCGUGUCCAUGCCCUGCCGAGCCCUGUGCCACCGCGCCAAGAGAGACUGCCACAAACUCAUGGAGAUGUUUGGGGUGGCCUGGCCAGACGAGACAGAGUGUAGCAGGUUCCCAGACUGUGACGAGUCCUACCCCCGUGCGGUGGACCUCCAGACCAGUGCAAAUCCCACCGAUAUCUCUCCCAUGUCUGUCCAGAGGGAUUUCGGCUUCUGGUGCCCCCGCAAGCUCAAAAUGGAACCCGACCUGGGCUACUCAUUCCUGGGCGUGAGGGAGUGCUCGCCCCCCUGCCCCAACAUGUACUUCCAGCGCCCGGAACUCACCUUCGCCCGCUACUUCAUCGGCGUGGUUUCCAUCGUCUGUCUCUCGGCAACACUCUUCAGCUUCCUCACCUUCCUCAUUGACGUCACGAGGUUCCGCUACCCGGAGCGGCCAAUCAUCUUCUACGCCGCUUGCUACAUGAUGGUGUCGCUUGUGUUCUUCCUGGGCUUCCUAUUGGAGGACAGGGUGGCUUGCAACGCAGCGAGCCCCACCCAGUACCGGGCGGCCACCAUCACACAGGGCUCCCACAACAAGGCGUGCACGCUGUUGUUCAUGGUGCUCUACUUCUUCACAAUGGCGGGAAGCGUGUGGUGGGUCAUCCUCACCAUUACCUGGUUCCUGGCGGCCGUGCCCAAGUGGGGCAGUGAGGCCAUCGAGAAGAAGGCCCUUCUCUUUCACACCUGUGCCUGGGGCCUGCCCGGCUGCCUCACCGUGGCCCUGCUGGCCCUCAACAAGAUCGAGGGCGAUGGCGUGAGUGGCGUGUGCUUCGUGGGCCUCUACGACGUCACGGCGCUGCGCUGGUUCCUGCUGGCGCCGCUAUGCCUCAAUGUGGCGGUGGGUGUGGCUCUGCUUCUGACGGGGAUCGUGGCGCUGAACCGUGUGCGUAUGGAGAUCCCUCUGGAGAAGGAAAACCAGGACAAGCUGGUGAAGUUUAUGAUCCGUAUCGGGGUGUUCUCUGUGCUUUACCUGGUGCCCCUGCUUACGGUCAUCUCCUGCUACCUGUAUGAACACAGCUACAGGUCUGUCUGGGAGACCACCUGGGUCCAAGAGCGCUGCAGAGACUACCACAUACCCUGUCCCUUCCAGGUUAAGCAGACCAGUCGUCCAGACCUGGCCCUGUUCCUCAUUAAGUACCUGAUGAUGCUGGUGGUGGGGAUUCCCUCAGUUUUCUGGGUGGGCAGCAAGAAGACCUGCUUCGAAUGGGCCAGCUUCCUACACAGACGCAGAAACAAAGAUAGUGGGGUGAAUGAGAGCAGACAGGUGCUCCAGGAGCCAGACUUUGCCCAGUCUCUACUGAGGGACCCCCACACCCCCAUCAUCAGGAAAUCACGGGGAACGUCCACCCAGGGCACCUCCACCCAUGCCUCCUCCACUCACCUGGCCAUCCUGGACGAGCCUGACGACCCUAGACACGCCCCUGAUGACCGCAGACCAAUCCACUCACUGGGCCACGCCUCCUCCACCCGCAGCAAGGCUGGCAGCGUGCACAGCAAGACCAGUUACCAUGGCAGUCUACAUCGCUCCCGAGACGGACGCUACACCCCCUGUAGUUACCGAGGCGGCGAGGAGCGCACUCUACCCCGCCACGACCACCUGCUGUCCACUCACAGCAGCCUCCACGGUCUGGAUGCCCAAUCACAGCACAGCAGCCAGUGUGAUCUCUCCGUGGCCACACCCACCCUUAUCACCCACGGGACGAGCUUCGGCCGCGUCACUAAUAAUGGUGACAAUGGAGCCAGCGCCUGACCGGAAACAGGAAAUUAUGUCAUCACUGCUGAACAGGAAGUUGUCAGUUGUCCCGCUCCCCACCUUUGACAUACACACAGGUCCCUCCCAUUCAGGAGGAAUGUGUGAGAGAGGAAGUGGGGCCUUCAGUUUGACUGACAGAUGGAUCACUCCUGGACAGCUUUUCACAGAGGUUGCUAAGUAGCGAGAUGCUAACCCUCAAUCAGUCAGUUGGACUUGGAUUGGACUCUCUAUAGAGGGAAUGGCUUCAUGGCCAGAAAGCCAGCGCACUGAAUGAAUGAAUGAGGGGGAUUGUGUGUGUACUCUGAUACACACCAAGAGACCCAGAGAUGAGCUGAUAAGGUCUACUCUGUGUGUGUGUUACAGUGCUCUUUUGCUGUGGUUGUGAAACAAGACUAUUAUAUUUUUUUAUACUGUGAAGAUUGGCUGUGAGUACUGCUUAAAAUAUGAGCGUGAGUGUACUUGUAGUGCAGUACUAUACUCCCACCUGGUGGAGAGAAACUAUAGAAGCUAGGAGAGAUCAAUGCCUAGGCCCGACUUCCUAGGCACUCCUGUAGGUCAGUAAGGAUGAAUAGGGUUCAAUAAUAAGGUCAUUUCUUCAACUUGUCUUAUGAUAUGAUAGGUGAAAAACAUUUGGGGCCGUAUUGCUUCAGAAGUGCGUAGGGAAUAGUUGCUAGGGAUCGAUUUGGGAUUCAGAAAGUUAGGGAAAAAUAGGGAAGGACAGAUGGAGGUUGGAGUAGUGCUUAUUUUGCUGCUGCUUCAGAGCUAAGCAGAGAGGAAUGUGGGGGACCUUUUAAAGGGGAUGGGAGGGGGGGUGUAUCCAAAGUUUUUGCUAUUGACAAGCGCUGUGUGAAACAACAGAGGAUCUGUACCCCUAACACUGGAAGAAAGGACUACUGGAAGAAUGCACUGGGGAGGAAGAGGAAUACACUGGGGAGGAGGAGGAAUACAAUGGGGAGGAGGAGGAAUACACUGGGGAGGAGGAGGAAAAAAGGAAAAUUGAUAAUAUGGGAAAGAUUGUGCUUGUGUUUACUGGUGUUUCUCCUGUCUUUCUGUAUCCGUCUCUCACUCACACACAUAAAACUGCAGUAGACUUCUCCAUUAUGGUCAUCAGGUGAUUUUCUCACAACCCCUCAAAAUCUCUCAGCCUAGCUCACCCCUACCCUCAGCCUUACCUGUGAACAAACACACACGCAAACCUACAUACACACACACACUCCAAUGUACACUAAACCCUCCCUUGCCUCUAACCCAGCCUACCUCAUCAGUCCAGAGGUACCUUAAACCACACCUGCCACUCCUCAGUCACCUCAGACUGCUGCUAUUGUGUGUCUUUGUAAUACACUGCUGCUCGUGUGUGUGUGUGUGUGUGUGUGUGUGUGUGUGUGUGUGUGUGUGUGUGUGUGUGUGUGUGUGUGUGUGUGUGUGUGUGUGUGUACACUGUCAAUCUCCGGAGUUCUUCUUUGGUGUUUUUCCACCUGAUGCCUAAUACUUUACCCAUGAUGCUUCACCACACUGAGUUGCACCUCAAAGACGUGUCCACUGGGUACCUCAAGAUGCAACACGUUCCUCUCUGUGUCUGUCUGUCUGUAGUGUGUUCCUGAGCAAAGUCGCAUAUUUUUGCAUGUCAAACACCCAAAUAUCCUUGUUCUGUGCCCGCUUGUGUGAUUGACUGUGCUUCUCCCAGUUACCUCCUCACUCUCACUCAUUCCCUUUCAGUCUCUAAAGCUCUCCUGCCUGCUGUCAUGGUAGAAGUUGCCCUUACCCACAAUCAUAACCUAAACCGUGGUCCUCGAGUGUCCAGAUAUUGCAUGAUUUAAUUCCCAACUAAGCACCUCAAUUAUCUGACUACUGGUCUGGUCACCUCAUGGAAUGUUGAGGGAUUAAUUGAUCAAUAUCAAUGAUUGGCUACAUUUAACCUACAUGUCCAAAGCAGAUAAUCAAUUCCUUUUCAAUUCCAGUAAAUUCAGAAAGUAAACAAAAUUCCAAUUCCAAAUUCUCCUAAUUGAAAAUCAUGACAGAGAAUUGGAAUUUCUGUGUUCUUCCUGAAUUGACAGGAAUUGACCCCAACCCUGAUUCCAAGACCAGGAUUUGCUACCCAGGAUGAGGGACAAUUUGUUCUACCUACUCCUCUUGCUGUAAGUCUAUCUCUGUUCACAUCACAGCUUUCCUAAAAAAUAAAAUAAAAUAUUGAGCACUUUAA